CGGUCAGUUAGGUCAGUUAGUCGUUAGCGGUCGUUAGAGCUCAUAGGGCUCGUAGGCAUCCGUUGUUAUAUGAACUGUUCUCUGGAGUGAAAGUAAUGUUGUUAGAGUUUAAUUGCAGUAGAUUGUUGUAAUUAAUAGUGAUCAUUUAUCUGAUUAAAAUUUCCGUAAUUUAUUGGUAGUGGAUGUUUAUUUUUGUAAUAGUUUUAACUAUAAACGGCAUAUGGCUACACAGUGGAUAUUUUUCGAAAUCUUUGAAGCACUGAAUGAAGUUCCGUUUUAUCAUGUUCUUCUUGAAGUGGGGCUGUUAUUGUGGAUUUUGUGGCUAAUUUUUCAUAAAAGUUACAAUCCAAAAGAGCUAGAACAAUUGACAGAGAAGGAAAAGGAGCAGUUGAUUGACGACUGGACCCCAGAACCACUAGUUGGGAACGUGCCACAAAAUCAUCCGUACCUGAAACCGCCUACCGUUAGUGGAAAGGCUGGUAAAUACAUUAACGUGGAUGGUCACCACUGUUUGAAUAUGGCAACUCAUAAUUACCUUGGAUUUGUGGGUAAUAAAGAUAUCGAGGAGAGUGCGAUUAAAACAAUACAAAAGUAUGGGGUUGGAUCUUGUGGACCCAGAGGCUUCUAUGGUACUGUUGAUGUUCACCUGGACUUGGAGGACAGACUUACCGAGUUUAUGAAAAUGGAAGAAGCUGUUGUAUAUUCUUAUGGGUUCUCAACGAUUGCAAGUGCCAUCCCAGCAUAUGCAAAACGGGGUGAUGUUAUUUUUGUUGAUGAAAAUGUGAAUUUUGCCAUUCAGAAAGGAUUGGAUGCUUCACGAAGUAGAAUUAGAUUCUUUAAACAUAAUGAUAUGGUUGAUUUAGAAAGGCUCCUUAUAGAACAAGCAGAACUGGAUAAAAAGAAUCCUAAAAAAGCACAAGUGACUCGAAGAUUCCUUAUUGUUGAGGGUAUAUAUAUGAACAGUGGUGAUAUCUGUCCAUUACCAGAGUUGGUGGAACUGCGGAAGAAGUACAAAUUGCGCAUAUUUAUAGAUGAAAGUAUUUCAUUUGCUACUCUUGGAGACCAUGGAAGAGGUGUCACUGAAUAUUAUAAUAUACCAAAAGAGGAAGUAGAUAUGAUAACUUCCAGUAUGGAAUGGUCUUUGGCUACAAUUGGUGGUUUCUGUGUUGGCUCCUCAUUUGUGGUAGAGCACCAGCGACUGUCAGGCUUGGGAUAUUGCUUCUCUGCAUCACUUCCUCCUCUGUUGGCAACUGCUGCAAUUACAUCAUUGAAUAUUAUGGAGAGAGACCCCUCAAUGUUUAAGAAAUUGCAGACACGGUGCCAACUUGUUCACAAAGCUUUGAGUGCUCUGUCUUCCUUUUCUUUGCAAGGUGAUCCUGAUUCUCCAGUGAAACAUCUGUACUUGCGUGACCCUCCAAACUGCAGAGAGACUGAACGUAAUCUCCUGAGCAAAAUUGUUGACUUCUGCAUUGAACAUGGUGUUGCUGUUGUCAUAGCUGCAUAUCUGCAAAUGGAGAGGUUUGUGUCAAGGGACAGUAUUCGUGUGACAGUGAAUAACACGUUGACAGAUGAUGAAAUCAGCAAUGUAGCUCUGGUAUUUGAGAAGGCUUGUAGUGAAGUUCUUCAUUAACUCUGUUUAUAUUUUCAUUGAUCACACUCAUAAAUUUUACUUUGAUGCUUGAUACACAGUUGCAAAUUCAAUUUUCCUAUUAUGUAAGCAUUUGAAGUGCAUUUAUGAAUAUUCCAUAGUCAGCACUUGGGAGAAGCUGGACUAACUGUAUGUCUCGGUUGAGUUAACAUAUUGGAUGUGAAGUUGAUUACAGAUAUGAAAGGACAUUGGUUUGGGGCCUUUAGAAAAAUAUGUGAGGUCCCAUUUAAUCUCCUCAUUCAGACAGUAUGCGUACCACUUGGAACACUGCUGUCAAAAUACAGAUUAAAAUAAAAUGUAAUAUUUCAUUGUGAAUUAUGCAAAAGUACACUGUUAUUUUCUUUAUUCAUUCUGAAGUAAGAUUUACCAUCAUGUGUCAGCAUGAAGGCACAACUAGGAAAAUUACUGACCUGUUUAAUAUAUCUGAAGAGAUUUAAAUUAUAUUCAUAGAAUAUUUUAUUUGCUUGAUCAGAUUCUAUCCUGGAUGGAGAUCCACAUCAUCUUGUGUAAUUGUACCAAAAUAUAUGUAGAUUUGACAGACUGUAUUAGGAACACAUUAAGCUUGCUAGAUAUAAGAGUUGAUUUAUGUAAACAUUGUUACAUGAUGUCACCAUUGAAUUAGCUUUGAUGAAUGUGUUAAUUUUAUCAUGUACAUGUAUACACGUUCCUAGUUUGACCAUUCAUUUCAAUAAAUCAUGAUUAUGUAUGUUAUCUUGA